CAGAUCUAGAAUCAUCCUUCAUGAUCCGACUUACUGUAUCCUCACUGACUACUAAAUGUUCUUAAAAGGAAGAAAUCUUUCUGAGAGAUGGAGUGCCUUGGAAGAAAAUGAAAGAAGACUGUGAAUGUUAGGUGACUGGAAGUUCAAGUGAAAAAAAAAUGGCAGGCUUUCAGAAAGUGAACUAAGCUUUGAAUAGGAAAGCUACAUCCCUGAGUCUCAGACCACUGCAACGUUGAUAGAGGAGUUCAUUUUCUUCCCACGCAGCAGAAGGACACCGAAUGGCCAAUAGAAAUCACACCGCUCUGAACCUAACAUCAUCCUUAGUAUGUGGAAAUAGACUAUCUUCAAUACCUACUAAACAAUUCAAAGAAGAAAGCUUUCAAAGAAGUGGAAUGUCUAGAAGACAAAGAAUAGAUUCUGAAUUUUAAAUGGAGGCUUAUGAAGAAGAAAAUUGGGCGAUGGAGAAAAAAUUGAAAUAAUUUUGAAUUCUACUCCUACGGGCCUCCCAACGCUACAAUGUUGAUGGUGUAAUUCAUUUUCUUCCCACAUAACAGGAGGACAGUAAAUGGCCAACGGAAAUCGUACCGCUCUGAGUGAGUUCAUUCUGUCUGGAUUAACGAGUGAUCCACAGUUACAGAUCCCCCUCUUCAUCCUGUUUCUCCUCAUCUAUAUGGUCACUCUUCUGGGGAAUCUGCUUAUUGUUUUAAUCAUUAGAGUCAGUUCGCAACUUCACACGCCCAUGUACUUUUUCCUUAGCCAUCUGUCUUUCUCUGACUCGUGUUAUUCAUCGUCCGUCACCCCUAAGAUGCUGGCAAAUUUCUUAUUGGACAAGAAAACCAUUUCUUACCCAGAAUGUGUGGCGCAGUUCUGUGUUGCGGCUACAUUUGGAGUAGUGGAGUAUUGCCUUCUGGCAGUGAUGGCUUAUGAUCGAUACGUAGCCAUCUGUAAACCCCUCUUAUACAUAGUCUGCAUGCCUCAGAGGCUGUGUGCUUCACUGGUUACUGCUUCCUACCUGGCCAGCUGCCUGAAUACUGUGGUCUACACAGUUAAUGUAUUUAGUUUGACCUUCUGUGGACCUCUUGAAAUUAAUCACUUCUACUGUGACGUCCCUCCGUUGUUGAAGCUGUCCUGUUCGGACCCCGGGCUUGCCCAAGUCUUUCCUGCUGCAUCCACGGCCAUUAUUAUGCUUGUUACCGUUCUGACGACACUGAUAUCAUAUGUGUACAUCCUGCUGGCUAUUUUAAAAAUACAAUCUUCUGGAGGAAGACAAAAAGCUUUCUUCACAUGCACUUCUCACCUAAUGACGGUCACUUUAUUCUAUGGUACUACAAUGUUUAUUUAUCUGCUGCCCAGUUCCAGCUUCUCAAUGGAUCAGAAAAAGCUGGUGUCCAUUUGCUAUAUGAUACUGAUCCCCAUGCUGAACCCAGUAAUCUAUAGUCUGAGGAACAAAGAGGUGAAAGAUGCCCUAUGGAAGGUCAUGGCCAGGGAAUGGAUCGGCUAAUUCUGCCAUAUUGUACUCUCCCUAAUGCUUAGUACAGUGCUCCGCACAUAGUAAGUGCUUAAUAGAUACCAUUGAUUGAUUGAUGUCAAAUGUCAAGAAUUACACAGUAGAGUGUGAAUUAUUUACGCUGGUAAAUUCAUAGCAAUAAAGGGGAUUUUUGCAUUUUACAUCCAUCUUCUUCUAAUGCGAGGGUUGCAUUCUUGUAAAAACCUGUGUUGAGGAGAACUCAUGCUGUGCUAUACUGGUAGUUCAUAGGGAGCAGGGAAUGUCUGUUGUAUUGUACAUCCACAAAUGCUGAGUAGAGUGCUCUGCACACAGUAAAUGCUCAAUAAAUACGAUUGAUUGACUGAUUCAUUCUGCGGCUAUGCUCACAGCCCAUUUCUUCUGACACCACAUCAAGCUGUUGCCAGUCAGGCCCAUGUUUACAGAGAUUGUUUCUUAAUUGCCCGAUAAUGCUCUAGCUAAAAAAUGUAAAAAAAUCAUGUGCUCUAAUGGAAAUAGGUGCUUUGACAUAUUCAGUGGUGCAUUUCAUUGUAUAUUACGUUAUUUCAUCUCAACAUAAUCAUUCAUCCACCAUUUAUAUCAUUCUUUUUCCUCCUGCUCUCAUUGUAAACAAUUACAAACUGUUUCUCCUUUGAAAUAGGAAACUCCUGGAUGGCAGGUAAUGUCUGCUUUCCUUCUGUUGUACCUUCCCAGACAGUUUAGUGAUAAACACUCAGUAUGUUGGAUGAAAACCAUCAAUUGAUUUAUUGAUUCAUUUGAAUUUUGCUUCAAUAAACUGGUUUGAAUUAUCUGUAAUGAAA